GAGAGGAACAGAUACUGUCAUGCGUUUAAGCUUGACAAUGUUUUUAUUAAGGUUAAUUAUGAGUUUUGUCAUUGUCUUACUCCCUUGUUCAGGAGUACAUAGUGUUCUACAUGCAUACUCUCCUGGGGAUAUAAUCAUCGGAGGACUUUUCCCUAUUCAUUCAAAAACCAAUAGAAGCACAGAGCCAGGACCACUGUGUUGUGAUCACUAUGAAAUCCGAGGGUUUCUUCACACACAAGUGAUGAUAUACGCCAUCAGAGAAAUAAACCAGCGCAAGUCAAGGCCUCUACACAACUACACCAUAGGAUAUGACAUCUAUGAUACUUGUGCGGAUGUGAGCUUUGCCAUCAGAGCAACGCACAAGUUGCUGAAGAAUCACAGCUGUUUGCUACCUGAACCCACAACCAAGGCAGUGAUAGGAGAAUCAUCUUCUGAAGUAUCAAUAGCUGUUGCACGUGUUCUUGCUCUGUCAUCAGUUGCUCAGAUUAGCUACUCUGCCUCAAGCGAGCUUCUCAGCAGGAAGUUGAAGUUCCCCACUUUUCUGCGAACAAUACCUAGUGAUAAACAUCAGACAAUGGCCAUUGUUAAGCUGGUGGAGAAGUGCAAUUGCAAAACAGUGGGUAUUGUGGGAAGUGAUGAUGAGUAUGGAAAGUAUGGUAGUGAUACCCUCAAGGAUAUGUUCAAUGAAAUGAAGGAUAUCUGCAUUGAAUUCAGUGAAAUCCUGCCUGGCGACUUUUCCCAGAAAGAUUCAAGUGCCAAUAAGAUCCUAGAUGAGCUGGUGGGCAAAAUCAACAAUUCCACAGCUGAGGUCAUCAUCUUGUUCACCAAGGAAUCCAACGUUUAUACCAUCUUUCAGGCCGCUAUUAAACAUUCUCUCAACAGAGUCUGGAUUGCCUCUGAUGCAUGGUCCACCUCUGGAAACCUCUCUCCACUGUCAGGCAUUGAGAAGGCUGGGAAGGUUUUUGGAUUCAUCUCGGAAAGGAAUGAGGUUCCUGGUUUUGAAGACUAUGUCAAUUCGGCAAUGCUCAAAGAGACCACCAACGACAUCCUCGAGAAUUUCAGGACACUUUAUCCAAAUUGUGAACCAAUCAAUUUGGCCAAUAUGAUUGACCAGGAUGCCUCCUACAAUAUUUAUUUAGCUGUUGAAGUCAUUGUUGAGGGUCUAAGGCACCUGCUGAAGUGUGACAACCACCAGUGUGAAAGAAGCCCUAACUUUACAGCCUUGGAGCUUCUUUUGGAAAUCAAGAAAGUAAACUUCACUGUGAAUAACACGCAUAUUUACUUUGACUCUAAUGGAGACCCCUUAAUAGGAUAUGACAUUCUAUAUUGGAACAUGACUGAACCCAAUCAGAGCUGCAUACAAAAAAUUGGAGAAUACGAGCCAAAUGAAAAAAUCAUAGUCCUACAUGAUGGUUAUGAACAUUUGUUUGAUUUGACGGCUUACAAUUGCUGUAAAACGUGUGAACCAGGGCAUGAGUUGAAAAAGCAGAACAAAUGGAAAGUGUGCUGCAAUGAUUGUGUUAAAUGUGCAAAAGGAGAGUAUUCUGCUGGAAAUGGCACGGAGUGUAAACGCUGCAACGAAAGACAAUAUUCAUCUGAAAACAGGGAUAUGUGUGUGAAGAAAGACAAUGAUACACUAAAGUGGUCACACCCUUUCAUUAUCGUUUUGACUGUAUUGCAAGUCUUUGGUAUAAUUGUCACCAUUGGCUUUGCUGUUGUGUUUACAAUCUAUCGGAGAACUCCCAUUGUGAAGGCAGUUGGAGGUUACAUGAGUUUAGUGGAGCUUUUUUCCUUGCUGUUCUGUUUCUGCGUUUCAUUAAGCUUUGCGGGAAAUCCAAGUAAGACUUCCUGCAAGUUAGGAAUGCCUCUCUUCGGCAUUGCUUCCUCCCUCUGCAUCUCCUGUAUCCUGGCAAACCUGCUCCAGAUCUUAGUGGGCUUUAACUUUGACCUGAAGAAGGGUUCCUGGAUAAAGAAUCUCAAUCAGCCGCUGGGUGUUGUGACAAUCGUCUCUGGGUUCCAGGUCAUCCAGUGUGUAUUAUGGAUGACCUAUUAUGCCCCACAUCCUGUAGAAAUCAUAUUAGACAAAACCGUCUUCACUUAUUGUCACAGCGGCUCCUAUAUAUUCUUCUAUACCAUGUUAGGAUACAAUGCUUUCUUGACAUUCAUUUGUUUCCUGUUAGCUUUGCAAGGUAAACGGUUGCCAGAUCUGUAUAAACAUUUGAGCUUAAUCACCAUCAGUAUGCUGCUUUUUUUAAUGGUUUGGAUUUUCUUCAUCCCCAUUCAUGUCAAUUUGAUCGGGAAGUACACACAAGCCAUUCAAAGCAUAGCCAUUCAGAUUUCUUGCUACGGCAUCCUCUUCUGUCACUUGGCCCCAAAGUGUUACAUUAUGUUGUUCAGGAAAGAAAUUAAUAAUGAGAAGGCAAUUACUGAGUACAUCAGGAAGCAUUACGAGCAGAGCAACAUGCCUGUGGUGACCUCAUGAUCGUACAUCCAUACAUUCUUUGGUUCACAGGAAUACAGCUUCCUGUGGUCAGAUCAUAGCAUCACACGGCUGCCUAACAUAUAAAACAUGUUUCUAUUAAAUAAAUAAUGUUUGCAUUGCUUCUUACAUUUUCGUUUUAUAAACCGUCUUCAAACACUGCCAUACCAUGUUCCCUUUAGUGUUCUACUCCCUGUCUGUCUUUUUCUGCUGCUCCCUUUUAGUGCUAACUUCCUGUUUGUCUGUCUUCUUCUGCUGUUCCCUUGGUGUUUACUUUCUGGCAAUUUUCUUCUGUUGUUCCCUUGAGUCCUUACUUCCUGCUUGUUUUCUUCUGUUGAUACCCCAGUGUUUACUUGGUCUUUCUUUUUCUGCUGUUUCCUUUGGUGUUUAAUUCCUGUCUGUCUUCUUUUGCUCUUCUCUCUUUAUCAUCUAACCUCUUUCCUUCUCCUGUAUUCUUGUUUGGUUUUUGUUAUUUUCACUUGGGACGCUUUUGGAAUCAUGAAUUUAAAGUUGUAUGCUUCCCUCAGAAUAGAAAAAAAUAUUAUUAAAUAAAUAUUCAAUGGAGUUUUCUGAUGACGCAAACUGACAGAGGCUUUUUUUUAAAACCAGAUUUCUAUAUGCAGAUAUAUAUGACUGCAUAUGGUCCCUUGAUCAGAUUUUCCUUAGCAACGUUGUGCUGUCCCUAGCAGUGGUCUGCUUUCCCUAAAAGCGGUCUGCUAUAGAGAAAUAUCAGACGUGCUAACAGCGUGUAAACUACUGCAGGCAAGACAUUUACCUAUACACAGAGCAACAGCUUUUUCCCCCUUUGCAAUCUAUGUUAUAACUCAAUCUUAACGGCUGGCAGGAUCACUUUUGUAUGUGUUCAUUUAGUAAAAUACUCAUUUCAUAUAUUUUUGGUUAGUAAGUUAUGUCACAUUUCUGGAAUGUUUUUCACCUGGCUACUUUAUUAAUAUUUACAUUGAUGAACAUUUUGUUUCGAGCGCAUGAAGACAUUAAUACUGACUGUAAGAAAAAUGUAAUGUUUUAAUCACCCUAGUUAAACUUUUUUCCACAAUUGUUUUGAAUUAAUAUUUUGUUUUAGUUACCUAACAUGUACUUUAUUUAAAUGUAAUUAAAUGUUUUGUGUAAACUACCUUUUUGUUCACAUUAUUUUGAGUGGUGAACAUGAGAGAUAGCAAUGUUUCGUCAUGAAGGGCUGUAUACUGUGAAUAAAUGAACUUAUUUCGGAACAAAG